UAGAAAUGAGGCUGAACCACAAGGAACUACUACUAUAAGAAUUUUCAAACAUGGCUUCCAGAGCCAUGUUUCACAUGAGAAACUUAUCUUCUCUUUUUCAAGCCUCGUCGAACCUUAGUCAUUGUUGCUGUCAGAGAAGCGCAAAGAAAGAAAGUAAUAUUGCAAGAUAUAUGAGCUACAUCUUCAUUCGAUCGUUUUCGCAUCUGAUAAACAAGUCACCGGAGUUUACAAGCAAGAAUAUAGUUCCUUUGAAGAAACAAGAAAGGAGUCUAGCCUCAAAAGCCACGAACAAGAAAGAUGUAAAAAAAAUUGCUGGCAGAAAACCUAACAUCAAACAGGGUCCUGAAGUCCUUUACCAUGAGCUGCCUAUCAUGUGUGUAAAUGCAAACUAUAAUAACACUAUGUUUACAAUCACAGAUCACCAAGGGUUGGUGGUUGCUUGGACAUCAGCAGGAGUUGAAGGGUUCAAAGGUGCCAAACGUGGUACAAACUAUGCAGGACAAAUGGCUGCAACUGCAGCUGCCAAGAAAGCAAGAACACUUGGUGUAGAAACAUGUCGUGUUAAAAUCAAAGGCAUGGGUCCAGCAAGGCAGUCAUCAAUCAAAGGCCUGAUAGCUGGAGGGAUCAAUAUUGUGUCAAUUACAGAUGUUACGCCAGUGCCACAUAAUGGAUGUAAACCCCCUAAGCAAAGGAGAAUCUGAUUAAUCACAUAGAAAUCCACAUCAGUUGCAGAAGAAGGAACAUAACAAAGUUAAAUCUAAGAGAAUGUCUUCCUGCAAUAAAUUUGUUUGUAAUUUACAACCGACCAGAAGAUGUUUGUCUUUUUUUCAAGCUGUUUUUAUUGUAUAAUUUUAUUGAAACAAUUCAAAUUCUAUUUUCUUUAACUGCAUU